AUGGCAACAACGCAUGAUGUCCACAGAGUAAUGGAAGAGAAUCUAUUUGGCGCAUUUCAAAGACCAACUACAUCCUAUCGCUCAUUAACAGCUUCCGAUCUCAUCAGCUUGCCGGGUCAACAGCGUCGCCAUAUAUCGUCUGUAACAGGACCAGCAAAUUCAUACCAGCAACCACCAGUGCAACAGUAUAAAUGUCGACCAUCAUCUGAUAUACUGCAAACACAGCCAACCAUGAAGAAGAACACCUCGUCUCCGGAAGCCGAGGCAAUUGAUCAGUGGUUUGAAAACAUUCAACGCUAUGAGCAAAUGCUCGAGCAAGUAGCGGCUGCCAGUUUAGAUCAAGGUUUCAAGGACGAAUUGCAACACAUUAACCAAUGGUUUCAAUGCCGAUCCGAUGCUGAGAGAACAGCUGCAUUAUACACAGUAGUCCAAAGUGCUUCUCAAAUUCAAAUUCGAUUUCUGAUUACUGUGCUGGAGCAAAUUGCAAACGGAGGAGAGCCUUACCCUGCUGGACAGGAAAAUAGUAAUAGCACUGUGCAACAUCAGAUGCACAUGCCCUUCAACAGCAAUCGUUCCAUCAUCUCAUCGUCUGAACCGGCAUCCGACUUUGACAAGCGAAGACUGCCUCCAUCAGCAAGAAGACGUCCAUUUGUGCCAUCUUCAGCCUUGAGUGAACCUGACGAUUUGCGAAGACGCAAUCGAGAUUUAUUCGUAUCUCGACCACUGGGAUUAAGUCAUCCUGGCCCCUUGUAUGAAAAGGCGUUGGCUGCUAGAGCGCAGCUUCAAGCAUUGAAUGGCACUACAUCAUCGUCAUCCUCUACUACUACUACUACUACUACUACUACAUCGACAUGCUCCACGACAUCCUCCCGUUCUAAUUCUGGAAUCAGCAACAAUGCAAAUAGUGGUACAGGGGGCUUGUUCUCCUCUCCGCCUCGCCUUCGUACCUCUUGUUCCACCACAGAUCUCACCUCCAAAUCACUCUUCUCUAGCGCAGACUGGCCAUUCCCCAUCAAUACAGCUAAAUCAAGCAAUGCCAAUGACGAUAGUUGGUCUUUUGGUUCUCUGGGCACUAAAAAGAAGCUGACAUCUGCGCCUGGAUCUACUGUGGGCUCAAAGAAGAAGGAUGACAUGCUGCCGUGGGCAAUUCAGGAGGAGGAGCAAGAAUAUUCCAAACUGUCUGCCACCAUCACAUCGAGCUUAUCUGCACUAGAACAAGCCCAGGCUAGAUUACGACAAGAUGUGUCCCUACCAAGCCAUAAAAAGGUGAUUAUGCCUAUUACCCAAUGGACCCCACCACCGCAGCCACCACAACCUCCUACAGCUACUACCAGUUGCAUUGUCUCUCUCCCUCCUGCUCCAGCUGCUCCAGCAGUGUCUCCCAUAUCUAGCCAGGCUGGACUUUCGCAUUCAUCACAAUCCCAGUUUGGACAAUUUUUGACACCACCUACAUUUGCUGCACCUGGAGAAGACAACAAUACGGAUGAUGACCAGAGUGAUGACGCCUCCAACAAGGAAGAGAAGCCACUUACCGGACUAGCAAGAAGGCGCAAGAGAUCAUCUGCCGCAAGAGCACUCAAAGACAAACUGGCAGCUGAAGCAGUUGAUUUCGAGUUAAUGAAAGAUGUUCAAAAUUGGCUUCGAAGCCUGCGAUUACAUAAGUACGGCCACGCAUUCAUUGGACUCGAGUGGCAGCAGGUGAUCCGCAUGUCUGAUCAGGACAUGAUUGACGCUGGUGUCAAUACGAUAGGCGCAAGACGAAAGCUGCUCAAAGUGUUUGAAAACGUAGCCAGACAUUGCACCGAAAAUAACAUUGACUACUAG